AUGUCGCACAACACGACCCAAACUGAGAUUGCCCUGGAGAAGUCGGCCGCCAACCAUGUCGAGGAUACACUAGGGACGGGGGCUAUCGUCGAGGCCAAGCAGGCGACUGACGAGGAACAUGCGCAGACCCUCUGGGAGGCUAUUCGCGACAACAGGAAAGCUGUGAUGUGGUCUGUCCUGAUCUCCAUGUCCAUCGUGAUGGAGGGUUAUGAUACCAUCCUGAUGGGCAACUUCUUUGCCUACCCUACCUUUCAGCACAAAUAUGGGCAAGACUAUGGGGGGAUGUUGGAUGGCAGGUGCGGCAUCUUGAAUGGAUACUUGGCAUCUAAGUUUGGAUAUCGACCAAUAAUGAUCGCCGCCUUGGGCUUCUUGACUGCCUUCAUCUUCGUCGUCUUCUUCGCCAGCUCGGCUGCUGUUCUAUUGGUUGGACAGAUUCUUUGUGGAUUUUGUUGGGGUGUUUUCGCGACCGUUGGUCCCGCAUAUGCAUCGGAGGUUUGUCCAACUAACCUGCGAGGUUACCUGACGGUCUAUGUCAACAUGUGCUGGGCUAUCGGUCAACUGAUUGCGUCCGGAGUGCUGUACGGCCUGGUCGACCGGCCCGACCAGUGGUCAUACCGAAUUCCUUUUGCGCUGCAAUGGAUCUGGCCUGUCCCCUUGAUGGUGGUUUGCUGGCUGGCGCCCGAAAGCCCGUGGUUCUUGGUCCGCAAUGAUCGCUUGGAAGACGCAAAGAGAAGCAUCCGACGACUCGGAGGGAACAAGACCGAGAAUCAAAUCAACGGACAACUCGCCAUGAUGGUGCAUACAACGAAGAUCGAGGCUGAAAUCGAGUCUGGCACCAGCUACUGGGAAUGCUUCAAGGGUGUCGACCUGCGCCGAACAGAAAUCUGCUGCUUUGCCUUCGUUGGUCAAAUCCUGUCAGGAAGUAGCUUCGCGUAUACACCUACCUAUUUCUUCGAACAGGCUGGCAUGAAGGUCGGCAAAGCAUUCCAGCUGGGAGUUGGUUGCACUGGUGUGGCCUUUGUCGGUACAGUCUUGUCCUGGUGGUUGAUCACUUAUCUCGGUCGACGAACCCUCUAUGUCUGGGGUCAAGGCAUUCUCGCCACACUCUUGCUCCUAGUCGGCAUCAUCAGCGCCUCGUCCCAUACCACCAGUGCCAUGUGGGCCCAGUCCGCGCUAUGUAUGAUCUGGCUGUUUGUGUACUCUCUAACGGUUGGACCAAUCGCGUAUGCAAUUGUAUCAGAGACUUCGUCUGUGCGCCUGCGCCCGUUAACCGUCUGCUUAGCCCGAACGGCAUACCAGAUUAUCAACGUGGUGUCGCAGGUUUUGGAGCCCUACUUCAUGAACCCGACCGCGUGGAAUGCUUCAGGAAAAACCGGGUUCUUCUGGGGAGGCACGGCGCUACUUGCCUUUGUCUGGGCAUUUUUCCGACUGCCAGAGCCCAAGGGACGUACUUAUGCCGAGCUCGACAUUCUCUUCGCCAGAAAAAUUUCCGCGCGCAAAUUCUCUUCAACCCAUGUGGACGCGUACGCCGUCGGCGUGUCGCCAUCACAGGAAGGUCUCGUGCGCAACGAGGUCAAGCAGGAGGCGACACAGUGA